AUGGCUGCUCCAUCGACGAUACCCUCCUUUCUCCUCCCACGAGGAGGCCUCUCCAAGUCGUCGCUGCAGUACCUUCGAAUCACUCCACGAAGAACCCUCCUCCGCCAUGCCAACUUCUCCUCCUCUCGCACCUCUCAUGCUGCUCCCACAAAGCCCCGGGUACUCGAGAAGCCCGACAAAUUUCGCCCUCCAUCACAUCCAGCUCGCCGAGUGGUCAAUCUUAACAAGUCACCAAGGAAUUACCCCGGUCCUCCUCCCACUGCAAAGGAGAUAGAAGAUCGCAAGACGAAGAGAUACCCUAACAUGUUCCCUCCAGAGGGCACAGUGCUAUUCAAGUUCCUCACUAACAAGGGCAUCCAUGUCUGGAUAUCAAUGAGCGUCCUUUUCUCCCUUGCCUAUUUCACCUGGUCAACGAACUUUAAACGCACAUCUCCAUACGCACAUCUACUGCCGGGCUGGUCUCAGCUGUUCUCGAGCCCUAUAAGUACCGUAUCUCAGUUCUUUACGGUGAUGAAAAUGCACGCCGAGCACACUACGGUGGUAUCAAAGGAAAAGCGGAAGAGGAUUUCGGAUGAUAUUGAUAAGCGCAAGGAAUACCGCAUUGCCCAUGGGCUAGAAGAAGAUGAUAGGGUGAAGGCUGAUGAUGCUCAGGCCACUGAAGGGGUUGAAGGUGCCAUUGUGGAGGGCGCGGAUAAUGUUCAGAGUGAGGGGACUGCGUCAAUGAGAAAACCAAAGAGAUGGCUGGGCAUCUGGUGA